UUUGCACACAUAGUCCUAUUCACAUCCAUUUUAUCCCAUUGCACACAAACACCCACACAAAAAAAAAAAAGGAAGAGAUGGAUACUGGAUACAAGCAUUUCAGCCAUGCACACAACCUCGUCAUCCACCAAGCACAUGAAGCUGAGAAGAUGUCAUGCUCCGGCUGCAACUCUCUGGUCAUGGGGACUAUAUACGUUUGUUGGCAGUGCAAAUUUGUGUUACACGAGCAAUGCUUUCGUGCAACCCGAUCACUAAAACAUCCAUCACACCCUUCUCAUCCUCUUACUUUAGUGCCUUACCCAACUUAUCCCUCCAAUUCCUUUUACUGCAAUUCCUGUAAACACACUGGAAGUGGUUUAUCCUAUUCCUGUUCCGAUUGUGAAUUUGACCUUCAUAUCCAUUGUGCUCAAUCUAAUUCCCAUACUCCCAUGAUGAUUCUCCUAAAUCAAACUCAUGGUCAAGGAGUAGUUCCACAUCAUGGCCAGAAUUCUUACGUACCACAAAAUGUUUAUGCGCCUACUAGUGUGCUUCAUAAUCCGAUUACUAAUAUCCAAUAUUCUUCAGUGGCCUCUAAUAUGCCAGAGGGAGUACUAUCUGCUUCUGAUCUUGAACAUAUCAAAAGAAACCAGAAAAAGCUCGAGAUUGCAAGGGAGGAGUCUAGAAUAGCUGCUCUUGGACGUAAAUAUAUCUUAGACAGCAUAUAGAACUUCUUGCCGAGUGUUACUAAAUUCUGAUUUCCAGAGGAGACUGGUUGUACUAUACAUCUCAAUUGUUACCAUAUAUCUCAUAAUUUGAGAGUAAUUAUCUUUAAGGUCAUUCUGAGUGAUGUUGUCAGCUAAUUGUGGCUGUUGCUUAUUUAUCCAUUUCAUGGCUUUUUCAUCCGUUUCCGUUUGUGAGUUUGGGGUUUCCCUAAUUGGGUUACGUUUCUAUGGAUGUUAUUUAUUCGUUGUUAUCGUUACACAUCUACAAUAA